UUCAUUGGCCAAAUGCGUCAGGUGAGACAUGCCCCUGGCUGUUUCACGCACUUCCUACAUCCUCCUUCAUUCAUUCGGCCUUUCAGCUCACCUGCAAGAGGAAGAGACAGCGGAUAAACUCAACUGAAGCUGAACCUCAUCUUGCAUUUAAAGUGUCUCCCAGGGACUCUCAGCCUGCUCUCCCUCUGCGGCCUCCUCCUUCAGUGCUGACCAACAUUUGCACUCAUAACAACCAAGAACCAUGGCCCAGCAACAGCCGAUAAGCCUCCCAGCCAAGCUGAUUAAUGGAGGGACUGCAGGCCUGGUGGGAGUCACCUGUGUGUUCCCAAUCGACCUGGCCAAGACCCGCCUGCAGAACCAGCGCAGCGGGCAGCAACUCUACAAGAACAUGAUGGAUUGCCUAAUAAAGACGGUUAAAUCUGAAGGCUACUUUGGCAUGUACAGAGGCGCCGCAGUAAAUCUCACCCUGGUAACCCCCGAGAAGGCCAUCAAACUAGCUGCUAAUGACUUCUUCCGCCACCAGUUGAGCAAAGACGGCGGCAGGUUGACGGUGUUCAAGGAGAUGUUGGCAGGAUGCUGUGCAGGAAUGUGCCAGGUCAUUAUCACCACACCCAUGGAGAUGCUCAAGAUCCAGCUGCAGGAUGCUGGCAGGCUAGCGGCCCAGCAGAGGGUGGUGCCCAGCGUAGUAACGACUCUGAAGAUGGGGGGCACCAGCACUGUUCUUAGCCGUUCCUACAACGCCAGCCCCGCGCCUCAAGUCAUGCGAGUGUCCGCCACACAGAUCACCAGAGAGCUGCUGAGGACCAAAGGAGUCACAGGACUGUACCGGGGACUCGGAGCCACAUUGAUGAGGGACAUCCCAUUCUCCAUCGUGUACUUCCCACUUUUCGCACAUCUGCACCAGCUCGGCCAUCGUUCACCUGAAGACCCAUCCGUGCCAUUUUAUUGGUCAUUCAUGUCCGGCUGCCUGGCUGGAUCCAUCGCUGCUGUGACCGUCAGCCCUUGUGACGUGGUCAAGACAAGGCUACAAUCACUCAAAAAAGGAGCUAAUGAGGAAACCUACAAUGGAGUGGUGGACUGUGUCAGGAAGAUCCUGAGAAAGGAGGGUCCCGGAGCGUUCCUCAAGGGGGCCAGCUGCCGGGCCCUUGUUAUCGCUCCACUCUUUGGCAUUGCACAGGUUGUGUACUCGGUAGGAGUUGGAGAGUUCCUGCUCGGGUACACACCCUACAACAUCUACUCUGCAUAAACAAGCUGUUUCCUCGUCUUUCUGCCGCCUCAUUAAAUAACAGGCAGCUGUGCCCUGGGCAUAGCAAUGGACCCAGCUCUCAACUGUGUACCUUUAUUGUUAGUAAAACGCAAAAGGGACCAGAGAGAGAUGCCAUUUUAUUUCAAAAAGCAUGACUCAAUCUUACUUGAGAGAUUGAAACAUGCCUGUCUGUAUGGGCUUCAGUGGAGCUUAUUGUGAGAAUUGUUUUCUUCACUGAGGAGACUUGACAGUCCAACACUGAUCACCAUUUCACUCCGAUCAGAAUUGACUCUAGUCCUGUUGCAGCAAACCUUCCCCCAUGUUUUCUUAGAUUUAGCCCCCUAUCCCUAAACAUGCCCCUUAUCAGGUGUAACCCAAACCUGUAGAUCCCCUCCAACAGCCCCAUCUUGGAGACUACUAGGUGUGACGGCUUUUACAUGGUGUUGCAAAAGAGACCACACAGUGUGAGGGAGCACUAAGAACCACUAAGUGUAUUGAAACAUCCUGUUUUAAAGGGUUACAUGUGAAACUGGGCCACGGAUGUUGGUCUCUGUCUAUGUAUAUAGUGUAAAGCAGAUAAAUAACUUCUCUGACCAAUAAUUGUCAUGUGUUUUUCCUCCUAAACAACCUGGAAAACAUCUGGAGAACGGAUUGUUUAAGGGGUCAUAGCUUAUGAAUGAACGACCUGAACAUUUUGACAUCCUGUCUACCAGUAUGCCCUUAACUUUUCCGUUACAAGGAGUGAUUUCCUGUGCUAUUGAAUUGUUCGCCCAUUCUCUUUAUCUACACUGAUUUAUAAUUGGUCACAAGAGUGUAGCCGGCCGUAGGUGCUUUCUGGUGUUUAUUUUUCUGGACAAUUUUUAUUUUAGUGUGGUUUUGGUUGGUUGGUUGGAGGUGUUUUUUCUGAGCAAUCUCUCUGUGGCAGCUUACACAACUCUAGCUCGAAGCCUGCGGCUCAAUAAGGCCUUCUGCAGUUAACUUGUUUGUUGUGGAGAAAAAUGUUGUUUGAAUGGUGGUUAAGUUCAUUCUGGUAUAGAGGCGGAAAACAAACACUGGCUUGUUUGUAUUUCUGUAAACAAAUGGCACUCUUCUUGAGCGCUACUUAGCACAGGAUGCAGCCAGGAUGUCCUUGCUAUAUAGAUAGCAGAAAGGGAGGAGAAUGCCAGCUGAAAUAGGCAGCCAAUGGCAGGCUUAUACCCACAGUCCACAUCCGGUGAGUCAGACUAGAUGGUGGUAAACCAGUCUGAUGGAUGUGACUUUAUUGAUGGGAUUUCAUGUGCUUUUGGGACCAAGUCUGGAAAUGGUGCUACAUGACCUACACAUAGCUACUUUCUCUUUGUUGACAGUGGUUGUCUGUGACUGGUCAUGUUUUUUUUUUUCAGUUAGAGAUAGAGGAGCCCACAUGAGUGUAUCAUGUUAGGCAUUUAGAAGCAGAACAGUGCAUUGUUGGGCUAAAAAUGUCAUGGGUCAAAGUAUUUUUUUAACAGUUUUAUGUUAAUGUGUAUCUGUAUUUUUUUUUUUUUCAAUUUUCUCAAACUGUGCCAAGUUCACCUCAAAUUGAGAGCAGCUUUAAUAGUUCAAGAAAUUAUUUAUUUUUAAAGUUUUAUUUUAGAGUUACGCUUGUAAAUACAGAUUUCUAAGUGCUGAAUAAAUAUUUAUGAAUGCAGA